AUGCAGAAAUUAAAAGAAUAAUUUUAAGAAGCCUUAUAAUUUUCUUCAGAUUGUAAAAUUAUGUUAUCAUUUUAGUUUAAUAACAAAUCAUCCAAAUGAAAAAGGAUCUUCUAGAGAAAACAUAAUAAAUUACUAAAUUGUAAACUUAGAUUUAGAUGAUUAAUUGCUAAGCUUCUGAUAUCUAAGAUUUAUUUUGGAAUGUUUAAAAAUAAACUUUAACUAUUAAGUAAACUGUAAAGGAAAUUGAAUAAAAAUCACAUAAUUAAAAAAUCAUUCAAAAACUAAUUUGA